GAUCACACAACUCCCCAGGACUCCUCUUUCUAGGGCAGACCAUUGUAACCCCGCUGUAUUCCCACCCUUCAUUCUCCAUGGAUUCUAGAAAGUGAACGCGCAUUUCUUCUGAAAGAACAAAAAACUCUCCAACGUUUCUUCUUGCCUUCAUAGCUCCAUGAGGAUUUUAGUACCAAGUGAAUCCGUAUAUGACUGCCUUGAAGGCGUAUAUUUACUCAACUUGGAAACAGUGGCAGCAAGCAAAGAGGAUCGAUCUUAAACAGAAAUCUGCGGGAGGUCUCCACUAAACCGCCUAACCUCUGCCCCUCAAGUGUAAAAUGCAUACCUAAUACCACGGUGAUGGUACUGCUAGGUGACCGCGAGGGUCGAGAGCGCGCGCCCUGGCGAGUGUGUAGGGCUGCGUGCCGCGGCUCGCGUGAGGCCGCGCUCGUUGGGGCGCAGGACCCGCGCGUGCGUGCGAGCGAGAGAGCGAGCGAGCGAGCGAGGGGCUCCGGGCCCUGGUGCGUGGUCUGCGCGCGCCCGGCCGUGGAGAGGGUGCGUGUGCGCGCGGAACGGGAGAAUCGGCCACCGCCCGCGUUCGAGCUGGCUGCGCGCCGCCCGCGGAAGUUCCCAGCAAAUCUGUUUUAAUUAAAGCAUGGAAUACAGAAAACAACAAAGAACUUCAGCUAGUGCUGAGAUCCUACACUUUUCCUAGCUUGCCCGGACCAGCCAUCCUGCUGCCUCUUCCCACACGCUGCUCUGUCAUGGCGCUCUCUCAGACCUGAAUGCAGAGUGACCCCUGGUUCCUUAUGGGGGAGUAGAACUGUCAUGGAGUAACAAGGCACCAGCUGACGUGAGCACUUAGACAUAGGUUUUAAGUCCUGAAUACCAAGUGCCCUUCUUCCAGGACGAAGCCAGGAACUCUGAAUCCUGUGGACCCGCGAGAUUUCAAGCAUUAUUUUUGACUGCUCCUUAACCACUGAAUGUUCAGUUGGUGAAACUGAAGGCCUUUCACUCCGAAAAAAUAAAAAGAAGAACCUGAGCGUCACGUGCUCCCGAGCCGCUGUGGAUGGCCCUGGCUCUCCUGACCACCCUCCCCAGUAGGAUGUCACUGAGAUCCCUCAAAUGGAGCCUCCUGCUGCUGUCAGUCCUGAGCUUCCUGGUGAUGUGGUACCUCAGCCUACCCCACUACAACGUGAUAGAACGCGUGAACUGGAUGUACUUCUAUGAGUAUGAGCCGAUUUACAGACAAGACUUUCGCUUCACACUUCGAGAGCAUUCAAACUGCUCUCAUCAGAACCCAUUUCUUGUCAUCCUGGUGACCUCACAUCCCUCAGAUGUGAAAGCCCGACAGGCCAUUAGAGUUACUUGGGGUGAAAAAAAGUCUUGGUGGGGAUAUGAGGUUCUUACAUUUUUCUUACUAGGCCAACAAGGUAAAAGGGAAGACAAAGUGUUAGCAUUGUCCUUAGAGGAUGAACACCUUCUUUAUGGUGACAUAAUACGACAAGAUUUUUUAGACACAUAUAACAACCUGACCUUGAAAACAAUUAUGGCAUUCAGGUGGGUAACUGAGUUUUGCCCCAAUGCUAAGUACAUCAUGAAGACAGACACUGAUGUUUUCAUCAAUACUGGCAAUUUAGUGAAGUAUCUUUUAAAUUUAAACCACUCAGAGAAGUUUUUCACAGGUUAUCCUCUCAUUGAUAAUUAUUCUUAUAGAGGAUUUUACCAGAAAACCCAUAUUUCAUACCAGGAGUAUCCCUUCAAAGUGUUUCCUCCCUACUGCAGUGGGUUGGGUUAUAUAAUGUCCAGAGAUUUGGUGCCAAAAAUCUAUGAAAUGAUGAGUCACGUAAAACCCAUCAAGUUUGAAGAUGUUUAUGUCGGGAUCUGUUUGAAUUUAUUAAAAGUAGACAUUCAUAUUCCAGAAGACACAAACCUUUUCUUUUUAUAUAGGAUCCAUUUGGAUGUCUGUCAACUCAGACGUGUGAUUGCAGCCCAUGGUUUUUCUUCCAAGGAAAUUAUCACAUUUUGGCAGGUUAUGCUAAGGAACACCACAUGCCAUUAUUAAUUGGACAUUCUGCUAAAAACCUAGAGGAGGACAGGGUUCUUUGUGGAAAGCGUGGUACUGUAAAAUCUCCGAUGGAAAACUCACAGGGAGGUCACUGUGCUGGCUUACGUGGGACUAAAACUCACGAAGAAUCCAUAGGCUCAAGACUGCAGGGUUAUACAUGUGAUAUAUUUUGACAGAAAUCAGUCAGGCCCUUUAAAGAUGAUAUUCAAAGGAAUUAAACAUAAAGGAAUGUGAAGGAUUUUGUUAAUAUGAGGACCAAACAAUUUGAACAUGGUAUAUCUAUAGACUAGAACUUCUUAAAAGGGUUUCAUUGAACUAUAAGCUCAUUAGUCCAUAACAACAAAGCAGUGUGGCGCUCUAUUUAAUGAACAGUCUAGUCAGUUAAGGAUUUUGUGUCUCUUAAAAUGGGUUACCAAUUUUUGGAAAUACGUAGUUCCAUGUUAAAAAAAACUAGAAUUAUACCAAACAAAAUUUCAUCUGGUUUUGGUCAUUCAGGAGGUACCUCAAGAUGUUGCAGUAUGUUUAUUAUUUAAUAUUAUUUAAUACUGUUCAGAACUUUCUGGGUGUUUGAAUGUUGUGAUUGUUUCAAUACUGUAAACAGAAUAGUGAAUCACCCUUUAUAUUUGAACUUUUUUCCAGUUACUUCACUGAUGAGUUUAUUAUUGAUAGUUCCACUAAGGUAAAGUAUUUGGUCAUUAUUGCGUAUCAGUAAUCUCUUUGACUUUGAUAAAUAUUUUACCAUGGUAAUACAGAGAAGAAUUAAAGAAAGAAGAUCUGAAUUGUUGUCUUGUUUUUAAAAAUAUAAUCCCUAAUGUUUUUAGAUGUCACUUCACUUGUCUCAUUUUCCACUUGGGAAUUAGGAAUAAUAUAGAAUGCCAGGCAGUAGGUUUCCUUUUGGAAAGGACUUUAAAGGCAGGAAAGACAGAACCUGAUGGCCUGAAUACACUGAAGAGUAUCGUCUUCCAGUCCCUGAGUUGGAAAGAGAAGACUAAGGAUUCGAGUUACGGGAUCAAUCUGCUCCAUGUGUUUUCUCAUUAAUAAUCAAUUUGAGAAUAAAGAGGAAAAAACUAAAAA